CGCCAUCUUGUUUCCGCGAAGCUCACUUCACAUAACAACGGGUAACUAUGGGGUAUUGAUCAUAACUUUCACAUGAAAAAAAGUUUUACAACUCCAGUACGAUAACCAAAUAUGGCUGCUGUAGAUUUUGAUUCACCUAGGAGGUCUCUAGAUACGUAUCGGCCGGAUCGAUCUAAUGUCAAACCUAAACAUACUUUAUUUGGCACAUCUCUAGAGGCAUUCACGGAUGGAGAACGUGAACAUAUUUAUAAUAUAGAUGUAAACAAAUAUACCAAUAUGUACACACCUUACGUCAGUACCGAUUUAUCAGCAAGAUUACAAGAUUAUGAAAAUCAAAAAAUGCGAGUCCAACAAGCAGCUGAAGAAUACAAAGCUUCCCAAGCCAAAGCUCUAAACUUCCAAACAACUCCACCAAGUACUGCCAAACAUCGUAAACCAAAUGAUUCCAAGACAUUGAUGGAACUCAUGAAUCCAGAUCCUCCAGAACAAACAAACAGGGUAAAACAACAUCAAUACAAGAUAAUGGGGGAUGUGUUUAGUUCUAAUAACCAGGAAAUGGGAAUCAUUAGAGAAAGACAACCCCAAGAUUCUCCACGAUAUGGAAGAAGGUCCAGUGCUAAAAACAACGGCUUCGACAGCGAUUUUCUAGUACACUAUAAUACAGCCCAAGUGAAAAAUACCAACGAAAACUGCCGCAACGUCACCAGUUUCGCUGCACAAGAAAAACCAACGAGCAUUGUACCGCUACCAGCAAAUAUACGACACUCGUUUGGAAGUCGAAUGUGUGAUGAAUUGUUGUCCGACGUUGAUAAAGUCAGUGGAACACUCGAACGUCAACGGCAAGAACGAGCACCUAGGCUGAGAAUCCAGAAAGAAAUCCCAACAUUGUUAGAAACGCCAUUGAAUGAGUACCAAGAUCUUGGUCAUAAAACUAGAUUGAAUCUGUUCCCAGGUUUAUCCAGAGACAAUAAAAUAAGCGUCACCCAGACUAAUUUUAAUGAUGUUGUCCAUUUACAGAGAGUACCAGUUACUGAUAAAUAUAGAAUGAAAAGAGAUGAACUAAGUCAAUGGUCUGAACAUAAUUUAUUAAGAGAAAAACAGAAAGAAAAAUGGAAAGAGUAUCACGAUUCGUUACCCAAACAAACUGUUAAUUGGGACAGGAAUGCAACACGCCCCAAACCCCAACCCCAAACUGUACCCACAGCUGUAAAGAAGAAACCAAAACCAACUAAGACCAAGGUCGAGUCCAGUCACCAACCUAUUAAAGAAGAAGCGUUUGAAGAUUUUGUUUUUAAGACCCCACCCUUAACCCCACCACCUACCCUCCCAUCUCCAGGCAAACUUCCACAAUCCUUUGAAAAGGAUGAUGAUUUCUGGGAGUUUUUCGACCAAGAACUCCCCAAGUAAAUAAUUUUACCAGUGUCUAUUUUUUUUGAUCAGUUGUUAUGAGUUUUGUAUGUUAUUUUUUUUAAUUAUGGAUAUUGUGAACUGUGAUAUUAUAUUUGAUAUGUUUAUGAACUAUAUUUGUUAUUAUCGUGUACACCGAAGAGAAAAUAAAUUCAAAUUCAAAAU